AUGCGCGGUCCAUUCGUCGCGCUGCUGGUCCUCAGCAUUGCCUUCAUUGCCACUACUGGCGUUGUUGCGUCUGCCAGGAACCGUGCACCCGGGAAGCUGUUAACGGCAAGGCUGUUGAGAUCGCUCAAGGACGCAGAGGUGUAUGGCGUCCAAGAAGAGAGAACGGGGCUGUCGGCUGUUGCCGAGAAGACUAGUGCAUCUUUGAAGAAGCUGAAAAACAAGGUACUCGCUUUGGGUAAAAAGACGAAGCAAACCAAGAAGCUCGAGAACAUCAAGAUGCUUGAGAAGAACAAGAGGCUUGCGACUAUCAAGAAGCUCGAGAAUUACAAGAAUCUCGAGAACGCCAAGAAACUCGAGAUUGCCAAGACGCUUGAGAACAACAAGAUGCUUGAGAAUACCGACGACUUCCUACGGUGGGUGAAGGACCUGGGUGUUAAGAACGGGAUCGCCCCCGAUCGGCUAGCCCUCAACGCCGUUGAGACGUUAAUUCGGGAGCGCAAAAUUUCCGUUGAGAAGUUGACGGACAUGUCGAUUCGGCUCCAUAGCGUCCCCGACGAGAAGGCCUUCGCGGAAAGCAUGCAGGCUUGGCUGUCCGGGCGCUUUUCAUCGAGUCAUGCACCGUUGAUCAAGGCGUGGGCGGAAUCCCGUGUCAAGCCAGAGAAAAUCUACAAGCUUUUAGGCGUUGACACGAUUGAAUCAACUCACGGGCCACUCCGUCAGUGGCUCGCGUAUAUCCAGAAGCUGGACGACUCGGCUUACUACCGCCAAGCGCUCUCUUUGCUGAAAGAGAAAGAACCGUCCGAUCUCAAGCUGGCAACAGUCUUUCAAUCGCUCAAGCGCCCUGAGCUGGAACCCGUGGCUAAGAAUCUGCAGACUGAACUGUUCGACAGGAUGAUGGCGCGCAACGUGAAGCCAAGCGACUUGAACAAGCUGCACAACGGACAUACCAUUUUGGAGAACGAGGCUAUCCGCCUCUCACUCGCCAAGACGAUGAAGUAUUUCAAGGAGGCUCCAUACUACCACAGCUUGAAGACGUAUACGCUGCAGUAUGCGGAAGCUAAGGGUGCUGACUUGAAGAAAGUGAAGGCCUUGUUUGAGAGUAACAAACCGCAAGACGCGCUUAAGGAAGCUGUGGCGAAAGUCGCGUGA